AUGGUUUACCGCUCAUCUCUAUUCCUUACUUUGGCUCUUGCCAUCACUUUGGUCAGUGGUGUUCCUCUCGCUGAUAAAGUACAAGUUGAUAAACAGGUAGCACAUUUGGCAGCAAGACAAGGUACUACUGGUGCCGGUGGUGCAACUGGAACUGAUGCUACUGGUGGUGGCACUGCUGGUGGUUCUACUACUGGUGGUGCUACCCCAGAAACCCUUACCGAUCAGCAAAUACAACAAUUCUUGGAUUGUAUAACGAAGAGUGCUGCUCCUGGUGGUUCUACUGGAGCUGCUGGUGGUUCUACUGGAGCUACUGGUGGUACUACUGGAGCUGCUGGUGGUACUGCUGGAGCUGCUGGUGGUUCUACUGGAGCUACUGGUGGUACUACUGGAGCUGCUGGUGGUACUGCUGGAGCUGCUGGUGGUUCUACUGGAGCUACUGGUGGUACUGACCCCGUCGUUCAACAGUGUCUAGACCAAAUUUCAAGUACCAGUGCCGCUGGUGGUACUGCUGGAGCCGCUGGUGCUACUCCUGCUGGUGCUGGUGCUGCUGGUACUACUCCUGGUUCUACUCCUGGUGGUGCUGGUGGUGCUGGUGGUGCUACUGGAGCUGCUGGUGGUGCUAGUAAAUAA